AUGAUCGUCGUGGUAUGGACAGUGGCACUUGUGGUCUCCUUGGCACCGCAGUUCGGCUGGAAGGAUCCGGACUACCUGGACAGGAUAACUCUCCAGCAAAGGUGCCUGGUGUCCCAGGACAUCGGCUAUCAGGUUUUCGCCACCUGUUCUACGUUCUACGUACCACUCCUAGUCAUCCUGGUCCUCUACUGGAAGAUCUUCCAGACGGCGAGGAAGAGGAUACGGAGGCGGCGCGGUCAGCGCUCCAGCGCUCCGGAACCCAUCGAAAAAUCAUCUUCCACGAGCAUCAAAUUCUUUUCCAGGAAGAAGAAAGAGAAGAGGAGAGAAUGGGAAGGAAGCCGCGGCGAUAGCGCCCUGGUCGAAGGAUCGACCGGGGAACACGACUCGGAAGCUGCCACCACGGCCUUCACGAUCACCAACCACGCUUCAGUGGCCGUGGGCCGCAGGAAGCGCGACACCAAGCGAGAGACCAUCGAGGCCAAGCGGGAGCGGAAGGCGGCGAAGACACUGGCCAUCAUCACCGGCGCCUUCGUGGUGUGCUGGCUUCCGUUCUUCAUCAUGGCGCUCCUGAUGCCGCUCUGCCCUUACUGCGAGAUCAGCGACUCCUUGGCCUCGCUCUUCCUCUGGCUGGGCUACUUCAACUCCACCCUCAACCCCAUCAUCUACACCGUCUUCAGCCCCGAGUUCCGGCUGGCCUUCAAGAAGAUGCUAUGCGGCGUCAGCAGGAGCAGCCAAGCGCAGCUCAGGUAG